AAGUGUGGUUAGGAAACGUCUGUCACAACUUUCUCCGCUCCGUACUCAAGAAAAAAACAGGGAGAAAUUUGUUUACGUGGAAUUUUUCCUGUUAUUUUAAUAUUAUUCAAUAAAUCCAAAUUUUUAAAUUAGCGUUAUUUACAUUAAAUGGAAUAUGUAAUAGAGCAUAGGUGUUUAAAGUGAAAAUUUUUAGUGAUAAACAGCGGUAAAACAUGGAGGAAGUGCCGAUGUUGGUUGGGCUGGCUCUGGUUAUGCUUGUUGGGUCUUUUUUAGCUGGUUCCAUACCCUUGUUCUUCGCUUUUUCUGAGGAAAAGUUAAAAAAGUUCACUGUCUUUGGAGCUGGCUUACUAGUAGGCACUGCCUUGGCAGUCAUUAUUCCAGAAGGUGUAAGAUCUAUAGUAUCAGAAAAUGUUCCACAUGCCCAUAAUGACUCCACAAAUACCCAGGAUCACAGUGAUCCUCUAUCUGUGAUAGGCAUCAGUUUAGUUGCCGGUUUUAUAUUUAUGUUAAUUGUUGAUCAAAUUUCACAAAGUAGAAAUGAAAAUUUAAGCCCUGCUGAUAAAAAUGUAACUGCUACAGUCGGUCUAGUGGUGCAUGCAGCUGCAGAUGGAAUUGCUCUAGGUGCCGCAGCCACUACCAGCCACGCCGACGUAGAAAUAAUUGUAUUUCUGGCCAUAAUGCUGCACAAAGCUCCCGCUGCGUUUGGUUUGGUGACUUUUUUGCUCCAUGAGGGUAUUGAUAGACAAAGAAUAAGGAGGCAUCUAUUGAUCUUCUCCUUAGCGGCUCCAAUAGCUACUCUAGUGACCUAUUUUGGAAUAGGUCAGAAGCAGAAAGAGACAUUAAGUUCCUUUAAUGCUACUGGUAUAGCGAUGUUAUUUUCUGCUGGUACAUUCCUCUAUGUGGCGACGGUUCACGUUUUAGCGGAUCUGACUCAACCAGCCCAUCAUGGAGGGCAAUAUGCGAAACUGCCGCAAAGUUUGGAGGGCGGCGGUAAACCUCAACCUCACUCGGCCGCAUUAAAGCCUUGGGAGUUGCUCUAUUUGGUGUUGGGCUGUUUGUGUCCUUUGGUUCUUACUGCCGGACACCACCAUUAGGGUUUGUGAGGUAAUAUUUAAGUAUGAAUAAGUUUUAUAUAAAAUUGGAUGGAGAAAGCCGAAUAGUUACCUAUUUUAUUGUACAUUUCCUUAUUAAUUAUUUUUAUUACUUAAUUUAUUUUGUAUGAAAAACUGGUAUACAGGGUCUCAAAUUAAAAAGUUAUUAGCA